CUCAAAUUAGAAAUGUAAUGCAGCAAAAAUUCUUGAGUUGCAAACACCGAACACCUGGGACAUGUAGCAUUUUAACAGGCAAAAUAAAGGAGAGUCUGCCCUGUAUAGCAUUUUUGACGUGAGUGUACUCUGUUUUAGCAGAAGCUUGUAGAGACGAAAAAUUCAUCGAAAUUUAUGCCGACAAGUCUGUAGAAUGAGUAGUGAAGGUUUGAUUGAAGGAACCAGAAAACCCAGGUUGUUGUGUCUGCAUGGGUUCAGAACAAGUGGUCGUAUACUCGAAACUCAGCUUCAGAAAUGGCCUCAGUUUGUUCUUGAUAAACUCGAUUUGUUUUUUCCAGAUGCCCCUUAUCCAGCUGUUGGUAAAUCUCAUGUUGAUGGAUUGUUUGAUCCUCCUUAUUAUGAGUGGCUCAGCUCUAAAAAGGAAGUUGAUUCAAACAAGAAACAUAUGCAGGAAUUUGUGUAUACUAAAUUUGAUGAGACUAUUAAGUAUAUUGAGGAUAGUAUGAUUAAGCACAGACCUAUCGAUGGUCUUCUUGGUUUUUCGCAGGGCUCAGUUUUAUCAGCUGCAUUGGUGGGAUUACAGGCCAAGGGAUUGGCUCUUACUAAAGUACCAAAAUUGAAGUUCUUAAUCAUAAUCAGUGGCGCUAAACUGAGGAACGAAGCUUGGGUUGACAAGGCAUUCUCAGACAUUAUUCGUUGCCCGUCUCUGCAUUUUUUGGGCGAGUUGGAUUAUCUAAAAUCACAGGGGACUGAACUCCUAGAGUCGUUUGUUGAUCCUGUAGUGAUUCAUCAUCGCGAGGGGCACACUGUGCCAAGCCUGGAUGAAAAGGGUCUAAAGUUGAUGCUGAGCUUUCUCCUAAAGAUGCAAAAUGAAGUCGCCAACCAAGAAAAGCAACAAAAAUGUUCUAGAAGAAGCUCUUUGUGAUAGUUGGAUGCAAAGAUCAGACGCUACCAUUAUCGCGCUGGAGACACCAGGCACACAUUAUUUCAUUUCUGCUGAACCUGGCCACUGUACUAAUGGCAUGAAAUUUGCUACUGAUGACUCUGUCGAGGGGGAGACAGUCACCACAACUCCGUCAUGUAAAUUGUAAUGACUGUCCUCUUGGCACCACCAGAUGUAAAUUGUGUGCUAGCUGUUGCAGUUUUGCUACUAGCAAUUCUGUUGCUUUAAUUUGAAGGUGUUUUUUUUUCUCCA